AUGACCACACGGCUGAGGAAGAACCGCAAGAAGCGCGGGCACGUGUCCGCUGGUCACGGCCGCAUUGGCAAGCACAGGAAGCAUCCGGGUGGUCGCGGUAACGCGGGUGGUCAGCACCACCACCGCAUCCUCUUCGACAAGUACCACCCUGGUUACUUCGGCAAGGUCGGUAUGCGGUACUUCCACCAGACCCGGAACAAGUUCCACUGCCCCAUCGUCAACCUGGACAAGCUGGCGUCCCUGGUGCCGGAGGAGGCCCUCAAGCAGGCCUCCGCCUCCAAGGCCCCGGUGGUGGACGUGACGGAGCACGGGUUCUUCAAGGUGCUGGGCAAGGGGCACGCGCCCGCUGCGCCGAUGAUCGUGAAGGCCAAGUUCUUCUCGAAGCUGGCGGAGAAGCGGAUCAAGGAGGCGGGCGGCGCCUGCGUGCUGGUUGCGUGA